CUUGUGAGAGAGAGAGAGAGAGAGAGAGAGAGAGAGCAAUUCGGAGGAGUGAGAGGAGAGUCCGUUUAUUAUAUAUUGAAUAUUUUAUUUGGGGUAGGUCAUAAAACUUGAAGCGGCAACAACCGAGGUUUGCCAAAGAGGGAAAAUUCCAAAUGAGUUUGAGAGCCCCAGGCUGUCCCCACCAAACCACUUAUGAGUUAUGACGCUCAUCUCAUCCUCAUAUAAAUCUGCCUCCCUCUCUGCACUCUCAUUCAUGCACAUCCCUCAUGACUGCUCCAUCGUCUUUCCUCCAUGAGUUUCAACAACACUCUCACCCUCAUUUCUCUCCUACUCGCAUCCGCAAUCUGAUCAAACAUUUCACCAGAACCAGAUCCCAUCACUCCAUGAACCCUCAUCCUUCCCCUCCUCCCAAUUCUACCAGACAUGGCAGAGUUUUAGAUGCCUCCCAACGCCGACCCCAUAAAAGACAGGUUCGCAGGAGACUCCACACUGGUCGCCCCUACCAGGACAGGCUUCUCAAUGCGGCUCAGGCUAGGAGCGAGAUUGUUUCUGCCCUCAAAUCUCACCGAGCUUCCAUGAAACUCGAGCGCCAACAACAAGAAGCCAACCCACAGCACUACCAGCUGCUGCAACCCCCCUGUUUUGUGCCGGAUGCAGCAAUUAUGUCCCAGACAAAUCUCGUCUCUGCUUUUUCCUUCUCGUCCCGCUCUCAUCCCAAUCUGUCGGUUCCGAAUCCUUCGAACUAUCCCGCCGCCUCCCGAGGCGCUCCACCGCCCGUGGCUGGAAACCUCAAGUACAACCUGCUUCCGAAUCGCACUCUGGGUCUGAACCUCAAUUUUAAGGAUUUCAACAACUUAGAUGCUGCUCUUUACCUUGAUAACGGCACCGCGUCAUUUUAUCCGCGCUCAUCUCCGUCAUGGUCUUUUCCUUCACUUUCUGUGUCAACUGAUCAGGAAGUUCCUUCGGUUGCAAUAUCACGGGCAGAGGGAACUUCUGCUCUGGCGGAUGCUAUUGACUCCGUUUCUGCGACUCGGGUUCCUGGAGGCAAACAUACAAUUCUGGGCGACAAAGGAAUGGCGGAGAUCAGGUCGCAGGGAGAGCGAUGUCAAGCGGAAUGGAGUGACACUGUGAAUUUGGCCGCAUCCACAUCAGCGACUGAGAUCAGGACUGAAGAUAACGCUGCAUACCCUGUUUUUGAUGAAGCCGUGGAAUUUCCAGAUUGGUUUAGCGCAAAUGAGAGAUGCUUUGAACCGUGCUCUGAGGAAUUCGUCUCAGAUCCUACUUUACCUUGCAUGGAAAUAGGCGAUAUUGAAGGCAUGGGUGAAGAGUGGCUAGCAUGACAAAGGACAAGCCUUUUUCAUUCUGGAUGAAGAUUGGUUGGCAUGACAUGGAUUAAAUUUCAGUACUAGUCCCCCGUCCCUUACAAGAAUCUUCUCUAAGUCAGAAAUUAAAAUCGAGGCAGGCUGCAUUUAUAUAAUAUCAGGAGAAUAAGGACUUGUUUGUCUUUUAUUUUUAAAAACUAUUUUUUGUUUUUAAAAAUAAAAAAAAAAAUUUUAUUUAGAUAAAUAUUUUUCAUUUAGUUAGUUCCAAAACUGUU